GUUACCUACACCUUAUUUGCGAACAUCAAUGGCAGUGCACCUUACGAACUAUUCGCGCAUUGGCGAACAGCGCUCGAAGAGAUGUGCGUCCUCUGUGUGAGAGGAUAACUUAGAUGCGUUGCAGAAUCACAGUAGAAUCGGAGCGGCACCAUGCCCCGGGCAGAGUGAGCGGCCGUAGGCGGCGCCGGGCCCCCUCCGUGUCUCGGCGAUGCGCCAAGCAUGACCGCGGCCUGCUGCAGCGCCACACGUCGCCGCGCCGCGGACACACUUAUGCUGUUGCUGCUCUUUUUACCAUUGCUGAAUGUAACAUCUGGAACCAAGGAGACAGAAGAGGAAGAUGUGUACAAAGUCUUACUACCAUCUAGUCAGACGUUCUUGAAAAAGCAUGUAGAAGCCGUAUCCAGUUACCAAGAUCCAAAGGCUGUGGAGAAAGAGAAUUUUGUUGCUAUUGUAAAUCAACCAGGAGUUACAUUUGUCCAUAAAAGAGCUAUUUCAAGUGGUGAACUGGAUCUAUUAGAACUUAAUUCUGUACAGUCUAAUAAUGGGCACAGUGACAGUGAUUCCAGUAGGAAAGCAAGUGUCUUCCACGAACAAUUCACAACUCCACUUUCUGCUGACCCAGACAAACUAUUGAACCCAAAUAAGGAACAUCCAAGUUUACAAGUUGUAAAUACUGCAGCCAUAUGGAAGAAUGUGUUUGAAACAAGUGCAAAUGCCCCAGUAUUAAAGAAAGUUGGAGACAAACAUGUAUUUUUGUACAACAUAAAUUCAAACACAAAAAGUGAAAGAUUUAACAAAGUGGACAGUGAAUUUCAGUAUGGUUUCCGAAACAAAAAUUCUCAUAGUUUGAAGAAGAACAAGAGGUCUGUCAUUACCCUUGGUGAUUCAGAAACUGUACAGACAGCGGACUGCGUGAACAGAUCAUCAGUAAAUCGCACUUGUGGAAAUGAUGGUAGGUUUAACUUUGUGCCUGGCAGUGAUGAUUCCAGCAGAACUGCCAGUAAUAUUCAGCUGAACAAUACUUCCAGUGACAGAAAUCGUAAAAGCGUGAAAGACUUCAGCAUGUUUUCGCAAUCAAGACUGACAUUGCCAUUUCAAAAAAAGAAGUUAGUUGAUAUUACUGAUAGCAGUAUGGGUUACAGAUCACCAUCAACUAUUGAUUCUUCUCAGAAACAUCAACCACCUUCAGGGAACAGCAGUGAAACCAGUGCCACUGCAAGCAGAUCAAUAAACAUAUCAUACUCGAUCCCCAGUGUGAAGUCAGCUGGAAGAUUAUCAGCUACAACCAUCCCUCCUGAAGGUCUGGAUGCUGCAUCAAUAACAGGAAUUACUGUGGGAUUAGUUGUCUUCCUUGGCAUAGUAGGUGCCAUGUGCUUCAUUCUUUAUAAGCGGAGGAACCAAAACAAACCACAGACGCUGAGUGACAAAAGCAGCAACCCUGAUUCCAGUGUAUACAUCGAAGAAAGCUCUGAUGACUCAGAGGAAAUGUAUAGUUUAGAUAAUGAUUCUUUCUUGAAUAGUCUAGAAGCCAUGACUAUCCAGAACUACUGGACAGAAAAUGUCAAACAUACCAAACUAUAGAAGAGCUAUUAUAUAUUAUUUAAUAGAAACUAUGACAGAUUUUAGAUGUCUGUUUAGUAGACCAAAGAUGGUGGAAAAACUGGACUGCUUUACAUUAAGGUUCCACUAGUUACAGUUUAGAUUCCUGGUAGUUGAAGAUGAGAGAAAUGCCUUUACUGGACAAUUAUGAACACUUUGUUGGGACUGAAGACUCCUGUGUUUGACCAAGGAAAGAGUACAAAUGACUGAAUAUAGUGAUCUUUUUAUGUAUUAAAUGAAAAAUCUCGUAUUGUAUUCUGUAAUUUUACCUAUUUUGACAUAAUUACAUUUCAUUAAAUUAAUCAUUAAAAGUAUUUCUUUAGAAA